AUGGACGUCGCACCAAUAGGCAGCAGCAGCACAUCGAGAGGCGCCGGCGCUUCUACCGGCUCGCAGUCGCCUCAGAACGCAUCGACGAGCAACGACAGCUCGUCUGCAGACGAGACAGCGCAUGCCCUGACCGCAGGUGAGCCGUCAGUGUCCCUGGCGCGCCUGCACGAGCUGGUCAAGUCGCACAAGGAGUGGGUGAAGCAUAUCAUCUUUGACGGGGACGCGAACGUUCUGUUGAGCAACAUAAAGCCGCUGGACGGCGAGGUCGCCGGUCUGGUCAAACUGUACCACAAGCGGGAAGACACAAUGGCGUCUGGCACUGUGCUGCUGAACGAGCAGUACGACGUGCACCGUUUCCACCCGCCACUUGUGUACGGGCGUCGGGGAGACCCGUCGGUCGAGGAAGGGGAAGGGAUUGCCGUGUGCAAAGUGGUGCAAGGAGGUCGGACGCUGUUUUGCCUCAUCACGUACGUCUACCCGACGUUAUCGGCUCGUGCCGUUCCCCAACUGAAGGAGUUCUGCGAGACGCAAUUGGUGCGGCUAGGCUGA